GUCAGUUCAGUUCAGUUGGAGCCGGAGGCAGACGCCACAUCGGCAGAAACAGACGCUCAUCACGACACGCGACUGGAAAACAAGACGCCGGCGGAUGUUUGCAAAGUAAUGAAUGCAUCGUGGCCACAUUCACUACGCUGACGCAUUUAUAGUGUUUUAAUGAAGUCUCUUCCGCGACUGUAGUGGUUCUCCAUCUUCGCAGGAGCCACGUUAAAGACAAUCGCUGCUAAAAGGAUUUCUCUAACGGUCGCUGUUGAUGGAUCUACAAACGGAUAUGAUAUUGUAAACGUCCGUGAUAUUUUUCUGAGGACUGAGGGGAGAUUCUGCGCACUGCAGUAAGGCUACAUUCGGCAAUGCACGCGAUUGGACUGUGGGUGUGAUGGAUAUUGGGUGUUUGUCUGCAAAACAGGUCACAUUUGGGUUUUCAUUUAGAACAAAGUUAGCUUGCAUGAAGACAUCAGUUGAAUUAAUAACGUUUGCUGCUCAUCCAGUGUGACUGAUUGGUUCAAAGCCAAAUGAGAAGCGACCAGUUCCUACAACUUCAGUUGCCUGCACUAGGGGAAAAGAAUGGUGUUUAUGGCAGAAAUCUCAAAACAUAUAACACAAAAAUAAUCACCCAACCUGGAAUCGUAAUGAAAGUGUUGCGGAGAAAAACAAUUGUGCUAUUUAUAGCGUAUUUUCUGCUGUUAGUUCUUACCAUGUUGAACUUGGCUAACUACAGGUGGACUAAAGAACCCCAACAGUGUAAUCUCCAGAUGAGAAGCACUCCAUAUCAGGGUAGAUCAGACAUUCGGUUCCUUUACAGACCAUCUCUUGCUAAGAAGAGACAGCUCGUCUAUGUUUUGACCACAUGGAGGUCCGGCUCAUCUUUUUUUGGAGAGCUGUUUAAUCAACACCCAGAGGUUUUCUUUCUGUAUGAACCGAUGUGGCACAUCUGGCAAAAGCUGUACCCGGGUGAUGCUGUGACCUUACAAGGAGCAGCAAGGGACAUGCUUAGCUCACUGUACCGCUGUGAUCUUUCAGUUUUUCAGCUGUACAACAGCCCUGGGGGAAAAAACUUCACCUCCCUUGAACUUUUUGGGGCCACGCUUAAUAAAGUCAUCUGCUCGUAUCCUCUUUGCUCCUCUAAUAGGAAAGAAGUGGUUGGGAUGGUGGAUGACAAAGUGUGCAAAAAAUGUCCUCCACAAAGCCUCAGGCUCUUAGAAGAAGAAUGUUUUAAGUACAACACUAUAGUCAUAAAAGGGGUCCGGAUUCUGGAUGUCAAUGUUUUGGCACCCCUUAUGAAGGAUCCGUCUCUGGAUCUAAAGGUGAUUCACCUUGUGCGAGAUCCCAGAGCCGUGGCCAACUCCAGGAUCAAAUCGAGGCACGGGUUGAUUCGUGAGAACUUGCAAGUGGUUCGAAGCAGGGAUCCCAAAUUGCGUCGGAUACCCUUUGUGGAUCCUGGCCACAAAAUUAGCAAAAAAGACGGAGCAGAUUACCAUUCAGUUGGAGCUAUGGAGGUAAUAUGUGAUCGGACAUACAGGAGCCUGAGGACUGCCUUAAAUCCGCCCAGCUGGCUGAAAGGGAAAUACCUGGUGGUGCGCUAUGAGGAUCUGGUGGAAAAACCUGUCAAAAUGCUUCGGAAUGUUUAUCAGUUUGCCAAUCUCAGUGCCAACCUUGACAUAGAGUCUUUUGCUCUUAACAUGACGAAUGGCACAAGCUCUUCCUCAAAGCCAUUUAUUGUGUCUGCCAGGAACGCGACACAGGCGGCCAGUGCCUGGAGAACAGUGUUGAGUAUUCAACAGAUAAAACAAGUUGAGGAGUACUGCCAUCAUGCAAUGGCAAUCCUGGGUUAUGAACGUGUGAGAACAGCUGGAGAAGCAAAAGACUUGAGUAAAUCUUUAUUGACUGCUUCCAAACUGUGACAGCUUUCACAUGUCUACCUGAAACGGAGCAUCAGCUCAGUUACAGUUGAUUUGUUUGUUUAAAAAUCAAAGUGCUUUUGUAGGAUUUCUAAAUCUCUUUAUGGAAUGUCAUAGUUCUUUUCUGGUCAUUCAGUAUAGCACACAUCCUUUUCUAAAUGGACCUGUAGAUGAUUGAUACAUUAGCAUCUGUGAACCACAACUGGAAAAUUAAAGGGUUAGUUUGCCCAAAAAUGAAAAUUAUGUCAUUAAUAACUCACCUUUAUGCUGUUCCAAACAUGUAAGGCCUCCUUUUAUCUUCGGAACACAGUUUAAGAUAUUUUAGAUUUAGUCCGAGAGCUCUCAGUCCCUCCAUUGAAGCUGUGUGUACGGUCUACUGUCCAUGUCCAGAAAGGUAAGAAAAACAUCAUCAAAGUAGUCCAUGUGACAUCAGAGGGUCAGUUGGAAUUUUUUGAAGCAUCGAAAAUACAUUUUGGUCCAAAAAUAGCAAAAACGACGACUUUAUUCAGCAUUGUCUUCUCUUCUGUGUCUGUGUGAG